UUGCUUAACUGUACUGCUGUCGAUCCGAAACAGUGUUUGGAAGGAAAUGGAACAGUUACUGACAAAAUGGGAGUUUUAAUUCGAGUUACUGAUAAAAGCUGAAAAACGAGUAGCCCAACUUUCAGUCUAUAGUAUAGAUGCGUUUCCUAAGCAGCAGUUAUUUCAGCUGGUGUCUGAUCUAAUAGGGAAUAUGAAUAUUUACACUAACAUGAUUCGUGUUUUCAGGAGCUAUGUUGAAAACAUAGCCACGUUUGUCACAAAAACAAUACUUUCGCCUUAAUGUAAUUGUCGGGGGCAUGUUACAAACGUUAUAAACAUCGUUACGGAUUAAGGUCUACUUGUGAAUUGACGUGAAUACUUAAUCCAGCAGGCUCCUCCCAGUUCUGGUCCCUCUCGUCUUCGGGCCCAGCUAGCCCCUUCUGAUUACUGAUUGGACAGGGCUUUGACACCGAUAGUGACUUCACGAAAAACAAAAGGCAGCACCAACGAUAAAAAACAAGCCCCGAUCUCUGGGGCGGCAGAGACCAGCGCCGGCUCUCCACGUGCGCUCCGACAGCCCCGACCCGCGCCCACAGCUCUUCUCCAGGCGGGCUGAAACCAUGCCGAGGGGAUUUUUAGUGAAAAGGAGCAAACGGACUUGCCCGGCAUCUUACAGAGUGCGCGGCGAGGACCGAGAGCCGCCUCAUCUGGUCCAGCCCUCGCAGACCGCGGAGGCGCACGCCGCCGUGUCCCCUGCCAACCUGGGCUCAGGUGCGCCGGCGUCCGCAGCCUCUCCGGAGAGUGGAGCCCCUUCUCCCGCAGGGGGGGCGCAAACACGGCCGGCAGAGAGCGCGGAGAGGGCGGGGAACAGUGUGAUCGCAGCCGACCCCCCCCAGCCCAAGUUUGCCGCUCCCGACCACGGCUCUCCCGGCCGGGCCGACGCCUCCUACAGCCCGAUGAAGCCCGUAGGCGCGGAGCUGAGGAAAUCGUUUUUUGAGAGGUGCCUGAACUCACCCGCGUCGGCCGAGUCCUUCCCCGGCAGCACGCCGGUGUCCCCCAUAGAAAGGCUCCUGAUGCAGCACUCCCACUUCCCGCCUUCAGAGGUCCAAAUGGAAACACCUGUGCGGCUGUUCUCGCCUCUGCACCCCUCCAUGAAGCGGGCCUGCCCGCACGGCGCGGACCGCAGGGGGAAACCUCCGGCGAAGAAGCCGAAGGCGAUGAGAAAACUCCACUUCGAGGACGAGGUGACCACCUCGCCGGUCCUUGGGUUGAAGAUCAAGAAAGAGAGCCCGGAGCCCAGAGCGGCGCCUCCCGCGGGGAGCGGGAAGCCCCUGGGCGAGUUCAUCUGCCAGCUCUGCAAGGAAGAGUACCCCGACCCCUUCUCUCUCGCACAGCACAAGUGCUCCCGGAUAGUCCGGGUGGAGUACCGCUGCCCCGAGUGCAACAAGGUCUUCAGCUGCCCGGCCAACCUGGCGUCCCACCGCAGGUGGCACAAGCCGCGCCCCACCGGCAGCGGGGAGAGCCAGCCCGUCAGGAAGGCGGCCGAGAGCGCCGCCGACACGCCCCGCGCGGAGGGGAAGGAGAGCGAUCAGCACCCCCGGGCGCCGGACAGCUCCGGGUGCGCCGCUCAGCAGCGCCCUGCGACAGACGCGGCCGCGGCGGCGGAGCAGCAGCAGCAGCGGUACCGGGCGCCUCAGGACAGCAGCGCCCUGCCUGCCGACCCGUGCUUCGCCCCGGCGGGGAAGUGCCUCGCCCAGCACCUGCAGAGCGUGGAGAGCUCCCGGGUGGUCGCUUGCGCCCAGGCUGCGGAGGCCACCGCCGCCACUUACCUGCCCGGCCCCGGCGGCGCCGAGGAGGUGUUCGAGUGCAGCUACUGCAGCAAGAAGUUCCGCAGGCAGGCUUACCUGAGGAAGCACCUAGCGGCGCACGAAACAGUCAGGUCGUCCUCGUACAGCCCGCUGGAAAGCGGCCAGAUCACGUUUCCCUGCCCCCUCUGCGGCGCCCAUUUCCCCUCGGCGGAGAUCAGGGACAAGCACAGGAUGUGGCAUGCGGUGCGGGGAGAGAUUCUCCUGGGCCCAGGGAAAAGCAGCAGGCCCCUGGGCAGGCAGGACCUCACGCAGGGCGAGCAGCAGAUCUUCUCCUGCAAACACUGCCCUUCGACUUUCUUCAGCUCGCCAGGACUGACGAGGCACAUCAACAAGUCGCACCCGACCGAGAGCCGCCAGGUGCUGCUGCUGCAGGUGCCCGUUCGGCCGGGCUGCUGACUCCCCGUGACCGUACCUGCGUCCGGACCGGCGCCAGCUGCAGCGGAUCGCUUCCGAGCCGGACACGUUAGAAGUUCUCCUCUGUGUCCGUGAGAUUCCUGCUGGGUUUUUUUUUUCUCACAGCAAAUAACUCCGUACCACUAUGAUGUUUUCAAUCAAUCAAGAAUAUCAUAUCAAAUGGAUAUAUACAUUAUAUUUAGCCAUACUUAGGGUAUUUUCGUUAUUUCCAAUAAAGACUAAAGGAAAAUCAGAAUAGGUUGGAUCGCAUUAGAAAACAGUUAUUUUGUCGGGCUUUAUAUCUGAGGAAAGUACAUGCUUAAGUAUUGAUGCUGUAUAUUGGUGUAGAAUUAAUUGUUGUGUUAUAAUAACUGAAAACAGAAAGCAAUACACUGAACUCUGUAUAAAGUAAUCGCUGUGAUUACACAAGCGCAAGGUAAGAUUUACCUUGGCUCUUAAGUCCGUGUAUCAGGAAGGCUGAGCUUAAAGAAGUGUUUACAUACAGAUCAGCUGCGUUAUAUAGUGAAAACAGCCCGUAUGUCUACAAGAACUCGUAAUUUAAAAUGAUUUGUUUCGGGUUUACAAGAAUGCAAUUAAUAACACAUCGGAGCAAAAUCCAUGAAAAAUCAGCCCAUGGAAUCUUACAUUAAAAUCUUAUCAAACUGUAAUUCCUAUGGAAAUUGAAUGUUUGUUCAGUAUAGGUGUAAGGCAGUGACAAACAUUUUUUUAAAAUAAUAUAAAAUUAUUUUUCCUACAUAAAAUAAUACAAUAAAUCUGCUGGUGUGCACAGUGUUGGUGACAGGUAUUAUAAUGUAUUUAUUUUUUGCAACAUAUAAUCUGAGGUAAUGUGCUUCUUAAUGUCUAUUCCAUUAUAUAUAUAUACCCUUACAUUGUCCGUCUUAAUUCAGUCAUUUACAUAAUGUAUAUUUUUUCUAUGUGGGGUCUAGAAUAUACUUAAUUGAAAAUUAUUGUGCUAAACCAUAUCUAUAUAUCCACAUUAUAUAUAUUAACCAAAGGGUAAUACAACGAUUUUAAACACUAACUGUAACGUGUCGUCUAUAUCGUGUUGUAUUGUAUUUAGCCAAGGAUUGUAAAACUGGUCCCUCUUACUCCCAGUACCCUGGAGUGCCAGCGCGUCACGGCGCGCUAUCUGGGUCGUGUUCAUAGGUUUGCAGCAGUGGUUCCUGCGAAACCGGUCUGAUUUCAACGACAGCAUUCCGGGGGACCGUCCAAUAUACCAAUUCCGGUCUUUAAAACACGGAAGCCGAGAUGAAGUGACGCACAGAUAACAAACUGAGUUUGUCUUUUACAAAAACAGUAAUAAUAUACGAACACAUACCAGUUUUAUAACAGACUUGUAUUAUAUUUUUUUAGCGUAUUACUUUUAUGGAUAAGAUCUGUUGAAAGUUCACACUGUAUUUUAUUACAAUGCUGGCAUCAUUC